AAGAAAAGGUUGUUUUCAUGUUUGGGAUUCAGGAAAGCAUCCAACGGAGUGGAAGCAGCAUGAAGGAAGAGCCGCUGGGCAGCGGCAUGAACGCGGUGCGGACGUGGAUGCAGGGCGCCGGGGUGCUGGACGCCAACACGGCGGCGCAGAGCGGGGUGGGUCUGGCCCGGGCUCACUUUGAGAAGCAGCCGCCUUCCAACCUGAGGAAAUCCAACUUCUUCCACUUCGUCCUGGCCCUCUACGACAGACAGGGCCAGCCCGUGGAGAUCGAGAGGACCGCCUUCGUGGGCUUCGUGGAGAAGGAGAAAGAAGCCAACAGCGAGAAGACCAACAACGGGAUCCACUACCGGCUGCAACUCCUCUACAGCAAUGGGAUAAGGACGGAACAGGAUUUCUACGUGCGCCUCAUCGACUCCAUGACAAAACAAGCCAUAGUGUAUGAAGGCCAAGACAAGAACCCAGAAAUGUGCCGAGUCUUGCUCACACACGAGAUCAUGUGCAGCCGCUGUUGUGACAAGAAAAGCUGUGGCAACCGAAAUGAGACUCCCUCAGAUCCAGUGAUAAUUGACAGGUUCUUCUUGAAAUUUUUCCUCAAAUGUAACCAAAAUUGCCUAAAGAAUGCCGGAAACCCACGUGACAUGCGGAGAUUCCAGGUCGUGGUGUCUACGACAGUCAAUGUGGAUGGCCAUGUCCUGGCAGUCUCUGAUAACAUGUUCGUCCACAAUAACUCCAAGCAUGGGCGGAGGGCUCGGAGGCUUGACCCCUCGGAAGGUACGCCCUCUUAUCUGGAACAUGCAGCUACUCCCUGUAUCAAAGCCAUCAGCCCGAGUGAAGGAUGGACGACGGGAGGCGCGACUGUGAUCAUCAUAGGGGACAAUUUCUUUGAUGGGUUACAGGUCAUAUUCGGUACCAUGCUGGUCUGGAGUGAGUUGAUCACUCCCCAUGCCAUCCGCGUGCAGACCCCUCCUCGGCACAUCCCUGGCGUUGUAGAAGUCACACUGUCCUACAAAUCCAAACAGUUCUGCAAAGGGACUCCGGGAAGGUUCAUUUACACAGCGCUCAACGAACCCACCAUCGAUUAUGGUUUCCAGAGGUUACAGAAGGUCAUUCCCCGGCACCCUGGAGAUCCUGAGCGUUUGCCAAAGGAAGUCAUACUCAAGAGGGCCGCGGACCUGGUGGAAGCGCUGUAUGGGAUGCCACACAACAACCAGGAGAUUAUUCUGAAGAGAGCGGCUGACAUCGCAGAGGCCCUGUACAGUGUCCCCCGCAACCACAGCCAGCUCCCAGCCCUCACUAACACUUCGGUCCAUGCGGGCAUGAUGGGCGUGAAUUCCUUCAGUGGACAACUGGCCGUCAAUGUCUCCGAGGCCUCGCAGGCCACCAACCAGGGUUUCACCCGCAACUCAAGCAGCGUCUCACCACACGGGUACGUGCCGAGCACCACCCCCCAGCAGACCAACUAUAACUCCGUCACCACAAGCAUGAAUGGAUACGGCACAGCCGCCAUGUCCAAUUUGGGUGGCUCCCCGACCUUCCUCAAUGGCUCGGCUGCCAACUCGCCCUAUGCCAUCGUGCCAUCCAGCCCCACCAUGGCCUCUUCCACAAGCCUCCCCUCCAACUGCAGCAGCUCCUCCGGCAUCUUCUCCUUCUCACCAGCCAACAUGGUCUCCGCCGUGAAACAGAAGAGUGCUUUCGCACCAGUCGUCAGACCCCAGACCUCCCCGCCUCCCACCUGCACCAGCACCAACGGGAACAGCCUGCAAGACCCGUCUUUUGUGGACUCUAGCAAGUUCUCCACUGCAGGGUCUCUCCCGGGACUGGCCUUCUCCUGAACGAUAUCUGGCAUGAUUGUUCCUCCCAUGUGAAAGAAUUGCCUUGAAGAAUUUUAUUAAUGACGAGGUUGGAUUCUGCUACAGAGAGUAAUCUGAUACAAGUCCCAGAGUGGAACUUUUAACUCAGGCCUUUUUCAGAGGAGUCACAAUAACUGCAGAUUUUUAAACAAACAAUAUCACCGACCUUGCAAAUACUGAAGUUGGAAGGGAUCUUGUGAGUGCAGGGUGUUGGUUCAAGUUGUACCUCCCAGAUGUUUGGGGGAUAUAUUUAUUCUGUGUUGAUAAAAGCAAAUCCUCUUUUUCUUUUCUUUCUUUUUUUUUUUUAAAGCUUAACUCUGCGGUCAUUUGUCUUUUAUAAACCGUAAAGCUGUAUACAAGGGACACUAUAAAUAAGACCCCAUGUUUUAAUUUAUGAUGUUUUUAAAGCCGUGUAAAGGGAGAAUGAAGUGGUGAUAUUUACAAAAAAGUUAAAAAAAGAAAAAAAGAAAAAAGAAAAUUAAAAAAAAGCUUGUAUGGGACAGAAUAGGAAUGCCAGUUAGAUUUUUUAGAAAACUAAGAGUCGGCUUUUGCGCCUUAAAGCAUAUCAAAUGGUAGUUAGCUCAGACACUGCAUUUUCAGUAUCUAACUUAACACGCCACCCCUUAGCAGUGCAAGCUUAUUUCUCCCUUUUCGUAUCGUUGUCUUAAGUAACUGUGUAAAUAAAUGCAGCCUGGAGAGUCAAAAAGUGACCGUUACGUGAUCACACGUUUCCCUUCAACACAAAAAUCCAGUGCCUCUAGACAGAUGGUUAAAAAACUGCAUAUUGAAACCUGAGAUCAUUCUCGCUUUUAAUUAUGUCAACUUCGUCGGAAGCCGAUGGCCUCUUGAGAGCUUGGUGGCACACGGACGGACUGUGUGGGAACCUCCUUCGAGUCUCUAUGGAACAGGGUCCAGGCACGGGAUUCCACAUUAUGCCUCCAGUUAUCAAGCCAAAAUACCCUCUUACCCCCCCGCCAUUUACAAGGUAAAAGUUUACUCAUCCUAAAGGGGACUUCCCACCGGUCCUCCCAAAGCUGACAAGGGCAAGAUGGCAGGCAUUUCCCUCUUCCCUCCGAGAAGGAGACAGGGCCUCUCUCGGGGCCCCUCCCAUUGGUAACAUAGUAGGUUAAAAGGAUAGGUAAGUGCUUUGGAAUUAAGAGUAAGAGGGAUCUAGGAGAAAGGAGAAGUAGGUUGAGACCUCCCAAACAUCGUUUUCUGUUCUACGGCAAUUUUUUUGCUCUCAUUAUCUGGGAAGUGUUCUUAAAAAUGAGAAUUGAUAGCAAAGAUGGCAGCGAAGCUAUGAGGAUGCAUUUGCCUGAUAUUAUUUUUUUCUUUGCGGUUGUGUUUUUGUAUGUAGUUAUAAAUACUGUAGAUUUUUUUGUGAUUUUUUUUUUGCCAAAGUUGUUGUUCUAUUUAUACAUUUUAAUGUCUUAAGACAGUUUUUCAAUAUCACAAACAGAUUUUACCGCAUAUUUUGCAAAGGAAAAAGAAGCUCACUACCUUUAGCUUGCACAUACUUGCGAAGUUAAUGAAAAGGCUUUCUGUUUUAAAGGGGAUUUUGUAAAAUAUCCAUAUAAAUAAUGUAUUUAUCUUUGGAAUUUGUACAUUGCUUUCCCCUUCUUCCUUUUCCUCCCGCCCCCAAUUUAUUUUAUUGUGUAUGUUUGCUAUGUGAAAAGUGCGUAUUUGUUUGGUCACCUACAGUUGUAUUAGCUGUUCCAAUGUGAUUUUUAAACAUUUCAUUUAUAGUUAUUUUAGUAUUGUUUUAAACCAUGCUUCAAUUUUUUUUAAAUUUCCUCCCCAAAGCCAUUGUCUAUUUUUGUAUUAUUUGUAAGUUAAGAAGUUUUUUCCAAUAUAUGGCAAAAAAGUAGCAUAUUAUUCUUGUAGCAUUUAGUUCUGUAGAUUUAAAAAAAUGUAUCCUUUGCUUUGGAAGCUUACAAAAACACACCCCCCUAAUGCUGUUUUACUCUAUUAAUAUGCAUGGAACCUCUCCCUCUGGAGUGACGCAUUUUGUGCAUUAAAUUCGGGGGAGAAACUUCAUAGAAAUCAAUGAACAUUCUUUCUUAAGUCUGCUUGUAUAUUUCCUCUGUCUUUCACAUAAAUAUAAACCAGCAGAUUGGAUGCCUUAACAAUGCAAAUCAUAUCCAUUUCACUUGUACAUUGUAAGUGUGCACCAGAACUGUCAGUCAUCACUAACAUUAUAAGAAAAAAGAAAAAGAAAAAAAAAAAGACAAAGAAAUCGAAAAGCACAAAAGAACUGUUUUGUUACCUUAAGACAAUGUAACUUUUUCUAGUAGAGCAAGAAAUUUACAACAAUGCUGCAACUGUGCAUGCCCCCAUAUGGAUUUUGCAAUGGUUUUCACUAGACUAUCAGAGUGCGAUUUUUAUGGGUCGGGGUGGGUGAGGGAGGGGAGUUGCGGGAGGGAAGGGAGGAGGGGAGGAAAGCUGAUUUUUCAUGGUGAGAAAUAAUAAUGAUGAUUAAUAAUAAUAAUAAAAAAACUGGAAAAUGUAAGCAAGGUGGACGCAUUGCUUCUCGGUACUCGGAAAGGUUGUCUGAAUUCGUGUGGUAAGCACUGGCCUGAAGAAGUGUACAAUUUAAAGCCAUAUUUUGUCUGGUGAGCCCCUUAACUGUUUGUGAAGGGCCGGUCAGCUGGUGAGGUGUCCGGCUCAGACCCCGACAACAAACGCCACGCAUCUUUCAGCCAUGUGUAGUGGUUAGAACUUCUCUUGAAAGUCCAAAGAGCCUUUAAAAUAUGUUUAAUUUGUGUCUUGUUGCCUCUAUUUGAUUAGAUGAAAAGACGUUCUGGCCCUCUGACCCUCUUUCUCCGACAUAAAACUUUUACAAGUAAACGAUGUUCCCCUAAAUA